UGGCAUGGUGUGUACACUACCGCUCGUUCCAAUAUAAAUUUAUAUUAUUAUUAGUCAUAUAAUAAUUAACUUAUUUCAAAUAAAGUGGUUAUAAUGAAGUAUCUUCAAUUAUUGUUGCUGCUAACGGUGUCUCGAAUCCAUUGCUUUACACUGGAUAAAGGAAGUAUGGAUUGGUUGAAUUCUUUUAUGACCACCCCAACGCCCUCAGUACAAACACCAGAUAAUUCAGAUGAAUGUUUAACGCAAAACCAAGAGCGAGGCCGCUGUGUUAAGCCAAGCCAGUGUUCGGAUAAGGAUGAUGAUGAUUCAUUUGAUCUGUCCAAGAUUAAAAAUGUAUUAAGGAUAAACAGCUGCCACUACUUGCUGAUGUGUUGCCCCAGGAAGCAGAUAAUAACACAGCCGACCACGGCAGCGCCUCCAGUGACUGAAGCCCCCCGUGUGGGUUGUGGCUGGUCUAGUCCAAGUCUAACAAAUGUCCGAAUGCUUGGUACAGAGUACGCGGACUUCGGAGAAUACCCUUGGAUGGUUGCUUUGCUUCGCAAAUCUUCCCAAAUGGAAAUUCUGAAUAUGCAAUCGGACUAUUUGGGGGGAGGUUCGCUGAUUCAUCCCUCGGUUGUGAUGACAGCAGCGCAUAAGGUUGUCAAAGUGAGCAUGAAUGAGCUUAAAUGCCGUGCAGGAGAAUGGGACACACAGACCCUCAACGAAGAAUAUGAAUACCAAGAGAGAGAUGUGGCCAAGAUUAUAACACACGAAGGAUACAACCCAAAAAAAGGCCUCAAUAAUAUAGCCCUUUUAGUUUUGGAGAAACCGUUUAAUUUGGCUGGUGCCCCCAACGUAGGCAUUGCAUGUUUAGGGCAGAGUAUACCCAGUGAUGGUACAACUUGCAUUAGCAUGGGCUGGGGUCAAGAGGAAUUUAAUAACGCAAACAAAUAUGCCGUUAUAUUAAAGAAGGUGCAGCUACCAAUAUACAACAGAGGUCAAUGCCAGACAAAUCUGCGCAAAUACAAAGAUUUUCGCAAAUGGGAGAUGGACGGUUCUUUAAUGUGUGCUGGCGGUGAGGAAGGAGCACCAUCGCGCUAUCCAGUAGUUUGGAGAGACUGCCUGGCUGCGGCCGUGCAGAUCGCCGACUCGCCUGAAGUGCGAAGCCUCCGUGCAGUCUAA